AUGGCUCAGAAAGCUGCUAAAUCUCUGGCGACCCGCAAUGGCGCAGUACUCAGCCGUACCCACCUUGUCUCUGCUGCAUUGCACCUGCUCUUCCUCCUCCUGCACUUUGUCUUCCAGCGGCCGCGUUCGUUGAAGCCAUAUGUCUUCCUAGCUGUUCCAACUCUCGCCAUUGAAUACUACUUAGACCGGAUGGGCCGGCCCCGCUACAAUGAGGACGGCUCUCUGCGUUCCGCUGGCGAAGAUCUCAACGCCACUGGCCUGACGGAGUAUAUGUGGGAUGUGCUUUACUGGACUCAGGGAUGCAUUGUCGCUGUAUGCCUCUUCAACGACCGGGCCUGGUGGUUGUGGGCUGUGAUUCCAUUGUAUUCUGUGUAUGCUGCCUAUACCACGAUAAUGGGCGUGAAGAAGGGGUUUGCUGGAAUGGGUGGUGGUGAUGCUAGCCAAGAAGGCGAUGCCCCAAAGAGCAAGACGCAGUUGAAGAAAGAAAAGAGAGGCUCCACUAUGAAGUAUCGGUGA